UCAAUACAAUCACAUCACGAUUUUCUGUUGCUGUUUUUAGAACAAAACGCGUGAUUUUCUUUGUUUUGUGAGUGCAUUGUAUGGAGUUUUGGUCUUGAGUCGUCGCGAGUGUGUUCUUGAUGGUUUCGGGCGAUGACUCCAACGGUAGAUUUUCGCGCAAAACUACAAGAUCUCCGAAUAGAAAAUCCAAGAAAUCCGAUGCAGACCUAGCAAAGGGGUCCGCGUUGCGAAAUGAUUCGCAACCUUCUGUGCAUAAAAGGAACCUUUACGUCGUUUCUUUCCCGAUUAUAAUUUUGUUUAAUAUACUACGGAGUAUUCUCUAUCAGCUAUUCAUCGUGUUCAAAUAUAUUUACUCUGCUUCGCACCGUCUUAUGCAUAAAGAGCGUAAAAGCGGUGAGUGCAAUCUUGAAGUGGUGGUGAAAGACGGAGGCGUGUGCACGGAAGUAACUGACGAGAUGGCCUAUGUGCACACUGUGGGUCCUGGUGACCCCCUGCUGGCCAAGCAGAAGCACCAUCACCGUAAAGCCUUUGAAUAUAUUUCCAAAGCCCUCAAGAUUGAUGAAGAGAAUGAAGGUCAAAAAGAGUUAGCAAUAGAGCUGUACAAGAAAGGUAUAUAUGAGUUGGAAAGAGGAAUUGCAGUGGACUGCUGGGGAGGCAGAGGAGACGCCUGGCAGCGUGCUCAGAGGCUGCAUGAUAAGAUGAAAACCAACCUUGGAAUGGCUAAAGACCGAUUGCACUUUCUCGCGAACCUAGUCGCACUCAGUAAGUUGGGUGUAGAUGAGCCAGAGCGGAGUGAAAAAAAACCUACGGAGUCCCCUCUAAAGGUGCGAAGGACGCUAGAGAAGUCCAAGACGACGUUGCUCUCACACACAGAAAGUAACAGUGGUCAAACGAAGCCAUCGAAUGAAGUGGCGGGCCGCAAGCUGACGACGGCGGGGCGCCGGCUGCCGUCCGGGGGCGGAGGGCCACUGAUGAAGUCUCAGACCCUGCCGCGCUCCAUGGGCCGCUCGGCGUCGCAGCCCAACUCCUCCAACGGCAACUACAGCAGAUACCCCAUCAAGCCUGCAUCGACACCACCAGCUGUGAAGAGGCAGCUUUCUGGAGCGUCGCAGGUGCCGAGUAAUGGCUCCCCGGUGAGGCGCGCGGCCGCGGGCUCGGCGCGGGGCACACCCACUCGCUCGAGGACGCCGCAACCCGCCCUCGCAGUACGAGGUGUCGAUCCGAAGCUAGUCCAGCUGAUAUUGGAUGAGAUCGUCGAAGGAGGCCCCAAGGUGCACUGGGAUGAUAUCGCCGGGCAGGAUGCAGCAAAGCAAGCGCUACAAGAGAUGGUGGUGCUGCCCUCUCUUCGGCCAGAACUCUUCACCGGACUCCGGUCUCCGGCCCGGGGAUUGCUCCUCUUUGGACCUCCGGGGAAUGGUAAGACCCUGCUGGCGCGGUGCGUGGCCGCGGAGUGUUCAGCCACGUUCUUCUCCAUCUCGGCGGCCACCCUCACCAGCAAGUACGUCGGCGAUGGUGAGAAGAUGGUGCGCGCCCUAUUCCAAGUCGCUAGGGAACUGCAGCCAUCGAUAAUAUUCGUGGACGAGGUAGACUCCCUUCUCUGCGAGCGUUCGUCUGGCGAGCACGAGGCGUCGCGGCGACUCAAGACAGAGUUCCUCGUGGAGUUCGACGGGUUACCCGCGGCUGGCGCGGAUAGACUCGUCGUCAUGGCUGCUACUAACAGGCCGCAGGAGCUAGAUGAGGCUGCCUUGAGACGGUUCCCGAAAAGAGUAUACGUGUCUCUGCCAGACCUGCGCACGCGCUGCGCCCUGUUACAGCGUGUGUUAGCUCGUGGUGCUGCCGCGUCCGCGCUGACGGAAGAUGAACUGACUCGCCUGGCCGCGCUCACCGACGGGUAUUCCGGCAGUGACCUCACCGCGCUGUGUCGAGACGCCGCGCUCGGGCCCAUAAGAGAGCUGGACCCAGAAGAGGUCAAGUGCCUGGACCUGUCCCUGGUGCGGAGCAUCACGUUCCAAGACUUCCUGGACGCUCUGAAGAGGAUCCGGCCGUCGGUCUCACCGCACAGCCUCGUCGCCUACGAGAAGUGGUCCGUGCAGUACGGUGACCUCGGCCUUUGAACGACUACAGGUAUCAGACAGGAAUACAAUAUGAAAAGGUGAGUCAUUUUGAUGUAAGGUAUCCCAAGGCGUGGAGUUACUGCGUACGAUGAAUUCUCGUGAGAAGUAUCGCUCAAAUUUUAAUGAAUCUCUUCGUAAAUAUUUCCGUUUAAUGUUAUUAUUAAUUCUAAAUAAUUCCGUUAUAUUGAGUUGUGACACUUUGUCUUUAAGAAUUUUUCGGUUUGUAUGUACGAGGAAGUUGUAUCAAAUUUGGUCUAGUCAUAAAACUAGAGUUGGUCUGAAUUAUUACAGAGAUGGUCAUUUUUGUAGCAAUAAUAACCUUAAGUUUGUUUAUAUCCGAAGAAACCUCAGUAUCUUGCCAAAACGGGUGUUUGUAUGAGUGUAAUGCGAAUCAAUGGAAAAGUCGCUUUCGGUGUUGCUAGAUUUACGAAAAAAGCUUGCAAAUUCUUUACUUUUGCAUUGACUCGUGUUACAUCGCCCUAACCUAACCCGUCCAUAGGGAGAGUCACGGACAGCCCAUUGCUCCAAUUGAAAGAGAAAAAUAAUUUUAAAUUAAAAAUAAAACGUCAAAUAUUUUUUAUAUUAACCUGCCAGUUAGCUUGGGAAUCGAUUAGUAAACUAAUCAAUCGAUUUUAAAACUAAAUUAAUAAAAAAGUAUUUUUCGAAAUGGGCUUCGUACUAUUUGGCUUCAAUGUUAAUUUGAAAUCGUCUUAUGAUUAACAAGGGACAAACACAUGAUCAAAUUAUGAAAUUAUUGUACAAAAUGCGUUUACCAUAAUGUUAUGUAUGUAAUAUUAUCUUGUAAGUUGGGAAUUAGUGUAGUACUAACGUAUUUAAGUAAUGUAUAUGUAUGAUGGAUUAUUUGUGUUCUGAGGAUUUCGUAAUGCAACAUGUCAAAAUAUCCUAAUUAAAAAUAUGAUUGCGACUGGAUGUCACUCAUAUAUUUGUCAGAUUCAUUAGAUAUAGCUUAAUUUUGUUAACCAUUUGCAACCGCGACUGAAUAUGAAGUCUGUUGAAUUUUAUGGGGCAAAAUAAUGAGCUAAUGAAUUCCUCUCAAGAACUAAAAUGGAUUCUAAAACUGAGGUAUGUGUCGGUUACGAAAUCUUCAAUAUUUUAAUUAGUUCACACUGCCCAGUGUUUGUUAGUAUUUGAUUAUGACCUUAAAGUAUUCUUAUUAUAAAACGCUUUGUAUGAAAAAAUAAUUACAGUUUGGCAAAAAGUGUGGUAAACAUUUUCAUUUUAUUCUUUUUCAUUGGCUGACAGAGCUACAAACCAUAUGAUUGGUUAAAGUAUUUGCCAAUGUUGCCAAUCACGAAAAAUGAAACAAGAAUGUUAUUUAUUUUUUUGCCACUCUGUACCUUUUAUAAUUUAAAAUAUUUACCCUUACUGGGGUAUAUAUUGUUAUUAAUGUACUUAAUUCUAAUUUUGUUGAUUAUUUAAUUAAUUUUAAAAAGUUUUAAUUUCACCCUGCCUUACCGUUCCCAGUGACGUCAAUGUGCUGCGAAUCUUAUGAGUAAUAGGUAUUAUGUAAUUUGUGUCUUGAAUUUGAUUUGCAUCGGCCGACUGACUACUAAACCUUGGCCUCAUACCACAUUUGUGAUUUAUAUCAAAAAAUCUUCCAGCCAAAAGGCAUUUAGCACUCAUACCUCAUCACAAGAAUAAACAAAAAAAAAUAUUUUUUCCAGUAUCCAGUUGUUGGUUGGUCGAUCAACACAAACAUUUUAAACGGGUAGAUAUCACUUCCAAUUAGCCGAGAAAAAUUUGCUCAAAAAUAACGAUCAGGCAUUUUUGGGCAAACAAAUCUAAAUAUAUAUUUUCUUAAAUUAAAGGUGGUUUUUGCUAGUAAUAUUUAGUAAGUUACAAAGUGAUGACUUAUAAGCAAUUUAGAGGAAAAAAUACAGCACGAGUUCAAAAAAUGCUGUAGAGAAACAGAGAGAUAGAUAGUGUGUCAUACCUCGUCUCUACCUUAUCCCCGCAACUACCUGAGGCGCGAUAACUACUUAGUGCAAGCGCUCAGGGGUCUAAAAAGACCAUAUUAAAGCAAUUAAUUUUAAAAUGAAAUCUUGCUAAAAUAGCUUCCAUAGUCUAGUAGUAGUUAGAGCGUUCGGCUCGCCACUUGGAGGUCCGGGUUCGAUACCCCGAUGGGGACAUUAUUAAAAAACUGAUUUCAAGAGACAUUGCAGUCCCUCUUUUUCAGACAAAUACAACCACAGUAUUGAACGGUACUAAGUAAAAACCACCUUAUAGUGUGUUAUAAAAAUGUUAUAUUUCUUCGAUUCACGUUAUUAUUGGAAUAUCAAUGUAUUGGACCAUCGUCUGCCGACAUAGUGUGCCAUUUAGAUAAGCGGAUUUGUACGGUGCAUUUAUAGUUUAACCAUAAGUAAUAUUACAAACAUCACUAUAAUAUUUACAUCACUGUUUUUUUAGACUGUACGAAAGAUUUAGUUUAGACGGGUAAAAACGCCACAUCGAGCGACUCAUUUUAAAAAGCAAUAUUGCUUUUUGACGUUUGUUGGUACUGCGCACUUACUUUUAUAUGCGCAAACGUCAAAUUGCAAUAUUACUUUUAAGUUGAAUUGCUUCGAUGUCUCUUUAACCCAGAUAGAAAAAAUGUUAAAAGCAGGCACUGUAAACCGUAGUUCUGUUACGUAUAGUCAAUGCAAAAAUGUAUUCCUACCAUACAGACGAGGUAUAUUUACACUGGUAUCACUUUACUUAAUUAUGCAGUGUUGCCAUAAUAACCCCAGUUAUAGUAUUUUUCACGGCCGUAGAAAUCCGCGUGCCCAUAAUUCUAAGCCAAUUAUCGUAAAAUUAUUUAUUAUGUAUAGAUAUAAUCAGAUUUCCUAUAAAGACAGCGACGUAGAUCUGUUAGUGCAUUAAUGGACGUAGCUAAUAUAUUUUUAUUGUAGUGUAAUGUUUAUAAUCCUAGUUAUUUCCGAGAUGUGGUACAGUUGUAGCAUGAUUUACUACUAACAUAACACAUCGCAUACAAGUCACUGCGGUCCCGGCUUACUUCUCAUUCGGGGAGCGCCCGGACUUGCGCCAUUGAGUUGUCAAUCUAUCAUAAGUGCAGUUAUCACUAACAUAGUUGGCUCGACCAUUGUAUACGGCGAUACGGCUCACCGCCUAUCACGUUGGUCUAACAGUAAGCUCGGUGAGUUGUGGGUUUACUUAGUUCGUCUUGCCAUGAAUUUACCUCUGACUACCCCAACCCAAUUAAGAUAGUCGUGAGCUUAUGUUAACAUAACAUUUAUGAAACAAAUAAAAGAGAAGGUGCAGGUCGUGUCGUAUCGGGAGGUGAAGGUUUUGGCGGGAAGAAGAGAGGAAUGGCGGUUACUCCACCGACAAGAGCGCAGCUCUUAAAUAGAGAGAGAGAGAGAGUUUAUGUUAUAACAUACAUCAUGCCUGUAUCCCCGAAGGCAGAGGUAUAUAGUAUAACCUACCUACUUCUAGCCAGCUAUGUUAAUUAGAGAAGUCCCAUGUAAUAGAGGGCGAGCCUAUUGCCAUUAACCGGGCACAAAUCUUGAGUCAAAUUUACUACUACCUUAGGAUUCUACCAAGGAUUUCUGAUAUCUACAUCCGAAUAUCCCAAUGUAACUCGACAUCUUGGUCAUAUUUCAAUAUUACAAUAAAGUUACUGAAACAUUUUUUUUAUCUAAAGAAAUGCACGAACUUACAAGAGAGAUUUCAAAUGUUAAAGGUAAAACAUGCUAAAACUUCGACCUUUCUAGUUACGCUAAAAUGUAGAUUAUCUUACCAUUCC